UUGAGUUUGAAGAAACCGUCAAACUGAAUCUGGCUCUAGUUCCAAGUGUAUCCUCCGCACAUGGUACGUGAGUCGGCUGGCUACAAGUUACUAGCUUUACGCCGAUAGGUCUGAAACCGAGAGAGGUGACCCUGCGAAGCAGAUGGUGAUCUUCGAAGAUGCAUUGCAUAUUAGAUCGAGCAUUACAAGCACAAUUCCACAUAACUCAGGUAGGCUUCAUCGCAGGAUUCGAUCAAUCGCUGAAUUCGACGGAGACAACCAAAGAAAGGAUCACAUGAAUAGCUAUGGGUACCGGCCUGACUGUCCAUAAUGAGUAUAUCGAUGAAUCUUGGCAGGGGACAGGAUUCAUGUCAUGCAGCGGAUUGGAAGAGGCUGAUUUCUUCACCACUCCUUCCAGUUUUGUGAGGCUAAGGUUCGAUGGAACUGCCGGAAUUGCCAGCAUUGCAUAACGACUUGUGUGGAAAGACAUGUGGAAAGCGUUGGGUCUCACCCAAACGACUGCCGAGGAUAGCUUUAGGACGCCUACGAUUAAGGGUCUGAGUUCUGUGGAAGAUGGAGAACCGUCUCGGCAACCAUGCAUCAGCAUCAGCGAUAACGCCAAGCUCCUGUUGAACAGCACAACUCCAGGGCAAGCGGUCAACGACGUGAUCCGUCGACAAAAUCAGUGUGAAGAGAUCGCUGGAGGAAUUGCAGGCGCUAUGGGCGCAUUUCGAAGGCGGAGAGAGAGCCUGGAAUAGCCUCGUUUCCUUUCUUCCUCAUCAGAUGACCAUCCAUGUGCCCGGACUGAACGUCAGCAGCCACACUGACGUCCAGUCCAGUACGGCGACAGGAACGAUCCAGAGAAGCUGACGGCGGCGAUCUAUGUGGUGAGCUGCGCCGACGGGCACGACAGAAGGAUGCAAGCUGACGGCGAAAUACAAGAACCUCACGAGCACCAUCAACUCCGAAGCCUGUCAUGAAUCAAGUCUAUCAGAGUCUUCGGAGGUGGAGGAAGGAACAGGCGAUGGCAAACAAGCGAACCAAAUUGCCCUCGUAUCAUGCCCAUAACUAAUAUUGAUAAUGACGAUCCGAUUCGUUCCGCAGUAGGCCGGAAAGGGGAGUGAGUACCUUCUUGUAUCCGUGGCUAUGAGAAGGAAGCGAGCAAGAGCAAAGGCUAUUUCAAGUUGAAGAAUCAACAGUGCUUAAUUGCGGGCAAUCCGAUCAACGGUGAUAAGCUCGGUGGCUAUCAGCUGGACGACUCAGGACUGUCUCACUCCACGAAUUGGAUUUUCGAUUUAGCCAAAAGGUUAACCGUUUGUGAUUAUCAUUCAUUAUACAUGGCACUGUAUUCCUCGAUGACAGAUCUGUUUGCGUAGAGUUCUACAGCCUUGUUGUUGCUCCAGACAUUUCAGGAAUUUCUUCCAACCUGGAGAUGACUUGUUGGAAAGAGUGUGAACAUUGUCCAUGUCACUUGCUCCUGCAUGUAAAAGACAGAUCCAAAUUUGGACACACGACUCAAUUCCAAGACCAUUUUGAACACGGCUGUGACUCACCAAAAUUCUCCCUUUUAUUCCGGUUUAUCUUAAUAAAAGAUCCUAUCAUGCG